AUGGAGUCCAACGGUCGUGAAGACAUCGCCCUGCUGUGUCUGGCAUACAGGGAAACCCUCGAUGACAAUUACAAAUCGCUCAUUGGGGAAUUGAGUAGACGAUACAACUUAAUAAUCAUCGUGACAGACGGGGGCAUAAGCGAGCCAGACAACCAAGACAUAGCGAAAAGGCUGAACGCCUAUCUUGAGGAUGGUGGAUCGGUAACAUUCGCGCUGGACUUUGCCAGCUCUAUUUCUGGAGAUGAAUUCAAAAAUCUCUUUGGUCGGAAAUUUGGCACACCCUGGGAGUAUGACGGCCGCUGCAAGACCAUUUGGAGAUUCAAUGGAAACUGCAUUGUCCCAGCCGGACCGGUUCCAAACUGCUUCUAUGAUAUGGAGGCACUUCUUAUCAAGAACGCUUCACCUAUCGAGCGAAUUGUUGUUCCGCUGGGAAGUUCCAUGUUCUCCAUCAUCUCUGUUACUGCUGAGCUUCUUCUUUUCAUACAACCAAGCAAGGCAACAUGGAGUCCAAGCGCCCAGAGAUCCUUCUUCUAUGUAUCGCACCCACAGACUAUCUUGGGGAUCGUGUUUGAACCCCUUCUGAAACGCCUAAGAGAACGCGCCAAUGUGAAGCGUGCGACCACCAUUGACGAGGCAUUGCGUGGCCUGGAAGCCAACCCCAAAGUCGUCAUCGUCGCUGAUGAAGGUGUAACUAUACCCGUCAACCGACUCGUCGUUGAGGAGCUAGAGGAUUACAUGCGCAGAGGAGGUUUGGCCAUUUUUGGCCUCUGUUUCCCCGGUUUCGUGACCAAGGACCGUUUCAGGAGCCUUUUCCAUGUGAGAAUAGGUUUGCCGUGGAUUAUAGGGGAUAAAGAACGAACCAAAUUUGAAUUUAAUCCUGAGUGCACCCUUCCAGCCGGAACAGAGGCUAUCUCGCUCCCUAGUCUAUACAGCAUGGAGGCAGUUUUCAUUAAAAAUGCUCGCCCCAAGGAGAAGAUUUACAUUACUGUCAAAGGUGCUAUGACGGAGCGGACGCGGCCUGAACCUGUCGACCAGACACAAGAUGCGGUGGUGGGAGCAAAGGUGGGCGAUGGAUAUGUGGCUUAUUGCGGGGAUACCAAUCCGGGUAAGGAGCUGGAACAAGUCAUUUUGGCCCUUUGUGGCUUUUAG